AAUCUAGGAAUAAGUAAAUGUAUGGUAAACUUUAUUACUGCGCGAUCGUUUCUAUUAUUGAAAAAAUCAUACCCCCUAACAUAUAUUUGGAAGUAAAGGUAACUCUUGUGGUUAUAAAGGUUUCUGUUGAUGGUGUCGACAGAUUAACGCUGUCUUUACUUGAUGACGAAAAAACGUAAACAAAGUAUUGCAUCGAUCAUCCUUGCCAAAUUGGUGCGUUCAUGUAUGUUAUGACAGUAUACAUCCUUCAUCGUUAAGAAAUCUACGGCUAAGUUUAUUGAUUUGUAUAUCUGCACAAUAAUAUAGAGCCUUCUGUAUAGUGAAUUCAUAGACAAGAGUAUAGUGUGAGUAGAUAUCUAUUCGUGUGAAGAAUGGAAAAUUAGUAACGAAAAUACGGAAUUCCUGGGUUUGAGCUUAUGUGGAUAAAACUCAUUGAGAUAUACUGUACAGGAGAAAAGUUUGCAAAACACAAUGGAACCAUGUAAUUAUCUAGAGAAAUCGCCUGGAUCUUCAAUGAUGUUCUUCUUGAUGAUAGUGUCGUAUGGCUUCAUGGCUGUGAACGGCUGGGGAGCGACAUGUUCUCAAGGACCACCGGGACCACCUGGGCCUCCAGGACCAUCAGGACCUGCAGGUAGUCCAGGCGAUGGAGAACUCCUAGAACAUAACAACUGGAAACAGUGUGCCUGGUACUCGGCUAACGGAAAUGACUAUGACACUAUUUACACCUGUACUUUUACGAAGAGACACAGUGACUCUGCUCUCUGGGUCUACUAUGGAGGCAACCUUCGUCUUUAUGGAUGUAGUGGAUGCUGUAAAAGAUGGUAUUUUACUUUCAAUGAUAAUGAAUGUUCACCUACACCUAUUGAUGGUGUGGUCUUCCAAACAAACACGAACAACAUGAAUCUUCACAGACAUCGAAGCAUUUCAGGAUACUGCCACACGGUCGGAGCUGGAUCUGUCAAUGUGAAAUUUUUGGUAGGAGACUGCCCGGGAUAUGGGAACUACGAUGCUUACUCAGGAUGGAACAGCGCAUCACGAAUCAUCAUCAAGGAGGUCCCUAAAUCAUCGUAUGGAUACUAGCUUGAUUAAUAAAGUUUGACAAUGAACUCGCAGAAAUGGAGGAGCAACAUUACUGCUGCGUUUUAAUUUACCAAAAGUCAUAUUAGAUUAGAUCGUGUGUUCCCAACAAGUUUCUUUUCAGCCCAUUGUAGGAUAUAAAAUCUGGAAAGAUUAUUCACAUCGUGUGCUCCCAAAAUAUUUUUUUUAUUUAACAACUGGCAUUAUCGCUGACCUCCACCUACCAAGACUGAUGACAACAAGACAACUUUUUGUUUCUAAUUUUCUGAUUUUGCUAUUCGGAAACAUGAUUCGUUUCUCGAUAUGUCGAAGCACAAUAGCUAUGAUUGGGGUACGAACCCAUAUUGAUGCAUCUCAUGUGUUUGGAAUGUUGAAUCCACAGAAAAACUUACUAUUUUUGACAAUUAACCUGAGGAAAUAGGUUCGAAAAUAAAAAGCAGAUGAAUGAUAUGGUCAAAUUGUUAAUUUUCAAACAAAAUUGUUAAUUUGUCAUUCAGAUAAUAGUUUUGAUAUCUACUUCAGAUGCGGACAAAUUGUUUGGUGAUUUUCUGGUUAAAUCCGAGGUUGACAUUGUUGGUGUUUUUUUUUCAUAAUUACAUGUUGAGUUAUGACUCAUUCUGAUAUUAUCAGAUUAUUAGAUUUCUUUUAUUUCAAAACUUCUAGGAAAUUAUUUUGUUAUUCUGAAAAGAUUUUAGAUUACAUUGAUUGUGUUUCAAUCAUUCUUUUCAUCGUUAUAGUAAAUAUAUCGUUGUUGGUAAUUCACUCGUUCGUAAUUCUUUCUAGGUAUUUCGUUACGUCUGCGUGUCUGUUAUUGGUAGUAUACAGAUUUUGUUCAAUCACUUCAUUUCAUUAAAGAAUAAACAAAAUUGUUUUCAUUAUUCAUGUUAUUGUUAAGGCGUGAAAUAAUCCGUUUAUGUAAGUUCAUAACGUAUAAAACCGAUGUUUAUGCCUGAACUCAGGGUUUAACAUGUUAAAUGUAAAGAUUCUAAUACAUGUAGUUGCAAAGUAUAAACGACCAAAAUAAAUGGGGACAGAGAGAGAAAGAGAGCGAGGGGGUCGGGUGGGAGGAAAAAGAGAGGGGGAGAAAGAGGGGAAGGGUUGGGGAAGAGAGGGGAGAGACACUAGAAAAUAUGGUCUUAUGCAUACAGGGUGGGAAAAGGAAUAUCAUUUUGAUCUACUGUGAAAAUCAUAUACAAACUUCAAUUGUAAACCGGAAAAUGUAUGCAUGACGACAAAUAAACACUCAGAAAAGAACAAGAACCCAAGCAAAGGGUCAGAUGCAUAAAAAGUGGCAAUUGAUUCAAGCACAAGUAAUUGCUAGCCAAGCAAAGGAUCAUGCCUAAGCGAUUGCUUUAUUUCGUAUGCAUAACCCUUUGCUUGUGCUUAAACCCUUUUCUUGCACUAGGAAAGCAGUUGCUAUAGGGGUUUGGACAAUAACAACGUCACACUGGUGCAAACACGACUCACAGAACAAAGGUGGGACUCGAGUGCAAAGGUGUGGUAGUGCAAAAUACUGCAUCUCUUAUGUAACAUCUUUUCCUUAGAUGUGGUGUCAAACAUUUCCUUUAACUUGUUUUUAUUUUAUAAUAAAUACAUUUAUAUAGUUGGCAUUAUGUUUGCACUAACUAUGGAAGAAUGCAUGUACAUGUGUACAUCUUUAGGUUCUAUCUCAGUUGCAUAAACAUGAUUAUAAAACGCAAAAGCCCUGAUCAAGCAAACACGGAGCUUGUAAAAAACUCCAAGCAAAUGCUUAAACGCACAAGCAAAAAGUUCGCUUUAUGCAUACGAUUUUAAGCAAUAUAGCUUAAUCAUCAAGCAAAUGCUAGCAGGCAGUUAGCAAUUGCUUGAACUUACUAGAAAAAACAUUUGCUCCUCAUGUUGGAAUGCUUUCAUCUUCUCACACUUCUUUAAGGAUGGGAAUGAGUGUUUCUUUCAAAAUAUAAUUCAUACUCGUUUUUUAUUUAUUUCAUCCCUAAUAUUUUAAUAAUCUUGAUCAUCGUGAGCUAUUUCAUGAAAUAUCAGUGUUCAUUUUGGAAUAUUAAAUGGAAUAAAAUGGGAUUAAUCGUAA